AAAAAAAGAAAAAAAAAAAAAAAAAAAAAGCUUUGUACAAUACGGCAUUUCUGUCUUGACGGUUUCCUACACCAUCUCAAACCAGACCCCACAUGUACCAAAGCCUCGGGAUGUGCCGCAAUAGAGUCUUGGAUCGAACAGGUCACUUUUUCGAGGCAACACGUGGUUGGGGAAUCUCACCCCGUUGGUGAUUUUUGCGGAGGUUCCAGAAGCGCUGAUAUUAGUUUGAUGGUGUAUGGAGGAUGGGAAGGGACUGUCAGUAGCUAGGGAAUAAUUUGGUGUCGAAUAUACAAAACGGCGAUGUUUUGUCUCGUGCAAGGUCGAUGUGUGGUUUGGAGCCCUCAUUCCUGCAAAAGAACACAGAACAGAAAUCAGUACACACGUCCUAUACGCCGACCGCUAUGUUGACCAGCGUGCUCUCAUUCACGUCCAGACAACGAAAGCCGGCUAAUUACCCCAUCCACCGGAAGGCUGAAGAGGCCGCUGCAGUCACAGACUACUGCACCAUCCACUCGGACGACAUCUCCGACAACAUGAAGGAGCUGUGGGACUGGACCGUGCAAAACUUCACCUCGGCCGACAAGAUGUCAUCACCACUUCAGGGCGCGACCUUCAAGUUCUUGGCCGAAUGGAUACAGCCCAAGCGAGUCCUCGAGAUCGGCUGCUUCACAGGCUUCAGCGCCAUGGCGUGGUUCGAGGCGACCGUCAGUACGCAGGCCGAGAUAACCACGCUCGAGCUCGACCCCGACAUGAUCCGCGCGUCCAGACGCACCAUCGAACACUUCGGUCUCGACGACCGGGUUAAGCUGCUCGAGGGGCCGGCGGCAGAGUCGAUCGAAACGUUAACGGAUCCGUUCGAUUUGAUCUUUGUGGACGCCAACAAGGACGGGUAUGAGGGUUAUGUCAAGCAGAUCCUGGACCGGGGCUUGCUGUCGGUGAAGGGGCUGAUACUUUGUGACAAUGUUUUUGCUCGCGGGAUGACCAUAGUACCCGAGUCCAAUCCCGAACUCCAAGGACCACAGAGGACAUACUGGACCGAGAACGGCAAAGCCCUGGAUGGGUUUUGCAAGUUUUGUAAGACUGAUCCGCGAAUCGACGUGAUUCUGCUACCAGUCUACGAUGGCCUCACGCUCAUCAAGCUGAAAUCGUCUUGAUGAGGGAUCCUGGCGUCGAAAUUCGGUUUCAACCUUCUCUCUCUUUUUGUUUUCUCUUUCGACAACACCCAGUCGUCUACAACAUAAGGUUCAAAAAGGGUUGACAAAAUGAAAAUUAUGUCAAAAUUCCAUUGAAUAGGGAGACUUCAUCACAAGGGUUGGCGCUGGUAUCUCACCGUAAAGAUAAAUUGAAAUGACACUGAUCAAUGGCAGGUUCCAUGACGAACAUGAAAGGGUGAUGUGGGAGUGUUCGCGCAUAAGCCCGGA